AUGGCGACAUCGCGGCUGGUCGCGGCCGUGGUCGAGCGGCAGUGCUCGCAUGCUCAGAGCCCGGAGGCAGGAUGGGGCGGGGCGCCGCGGUUCUCGGCUUCUUGCAUGCACAGAGAAGGCGGCGAUGCGAGCACAAGGGAUUGUUGCACAUUGACAGUCAGCAAUAGUGUCGAAGGAUCACAAGAUAAGGUGCUCAACGUUAUGAUGGCAAUGACUAUAAAACCAAUGUUUAUGGUUAGAUAUUAG